AUGAGCACUGGAUAUACCAAUUUGGACGGCUCUCCCGAUAGCCCCCCAUCCUCCCUUCCUUCUUCUUCUUCCUCCCCUCCCUCCUCAAAUGUUGGUGCGGAGGCGGCAGGGGUUAUAAUGCGGGAGUUCCCGAAUAUCUUUGCGAGCGACGUGCCGAAACAUAUACUGCAGGGUUUGGCCGACGGCGUGCAGAACAUUAUUCUUGGUGUUGGCCUCGGCGUCGGCGGAGUUGUGGCAAUGCCCGUCGUGUUUGGCAAGAAGGAGGGCGCCGUGGGCGUGGCGAAGGGACUCGGCUUGGGGGUCGCCUCUCUUGUCGGCUUAAUAAUAUACGGCGCAGCAACAGGCAUUUGGCAAUUCUUUCGCGGUGUGGGCAACACGAAAGAUGCGGUGGUUGAAAGUGUACGCGGUUCCCGUUAUUGGGACAGUGUGCAGGGAGAAUGGGUGGAAGUGCAUCUCUCCGACACACUCGCUGAGCUGCCCGUCACCGACGAUGAUCUCUUCGCACAGGCUCGGCAGCUGUACAAGGAACGCGCUGGGGAAGAUGUUACUGCGGCAGAAAAUGAAAAUGGCGCGGUGGGCUCAACUGGUGAGGCAGGCACGAAUGACUAUUAUGCAAUUUUGGGAGUGAGUAAGACGGCGACGACGGCGGAGAUCCGCACUGCAUUUCACCGCAAGGCACUCGUAAUGCAUCCGGAUAAAAACCCCGAUGAUGAGGGUGCCACACUGCGCUUUCAGAAACUACUGGAGGCACACAAUGUCCUCUCCGACGAGGGUCGUCGCCUGCAGUACGACACCCAUGGUGUGGUGGACUCCACACUCUCGCAGAAGAAGUCCUACACAGAUGUGGAGGAAGGUCUCGGUGCACCGUUUUUGGAGGUAUUUAUUGGUCGAGUCACGGCGGCAGUUUUAUUUACACCCAAUGUUAUUCUUACCAGUGAAGUUAAAAAAGAGCUUCAGCGUCGGCGUACCUUGCGCCUCGCACAACACCUUUUACGAUACCUGGACGAGGAAAAUGGAAUUGAUGCGGCACGAAGUGUAAUACAGGAUGCCGUCUCUACACGUGCUGGUCCCAAGCUUAUGCCUAUUGUGGCUCACCAGUAUGCUGUUGCUGCUCGACAGCAUCUGAGGGAAAACAAUUUCCUAAAAGAGUUGGACAGUUUUGGUACAUCAAAGUGGGAAAGUGUUUCACGUGUGAUGGGUUUAACUGCUGUUUCCGGACGUGCUGCUUACAAGGCAGCAAGAAAGACCAUCAGCGAGGAAGACACGAUUGAUAUGAUAAUUUCAGUCUGUGAAGGUGAUGUACAACGAACCGUAUUACGUGCAUGUCGUCUUGUCUUGUAUGAUUCCUCGGUUUCCAAAGAACAACGAAAACAGCGAGCAGUCAAUUUACGAAAAUUAAGUGAUAUGAUUGAUAAUGUGUGCCAUGAGCGUAGUACAAUAUUGAUUUCUUAG